AUGGAUCUCAAAGAGAGCUGCCCAAGUGUUAGCAUUCCCAGCUCUGAUGAACACAGAGAGAAGAAAAAAAGAUUUACCGUUUACAAAGUGUUGGUGUCAGUUGGCAGAAAUGAGUGGUUUGUCCUCAGGCGAUAUGCAGAGUUUGAUAAACUGUACAAUACGCUAAAGAAGCAAUUUCCCACCAUGAACCUGAAGAUUCCAGCUAAAAGAAUAUUUGGAGACAAUUUUGAUCCUGAUUUUAUUAAGCAGAGAAGAGCAGGACUGAACGAAUUCAUUCAGAAUUUAGUUAGACAGCCAGAGCUAUGCAACCACCCAGAUGUCAGAGCUUUUCUUCAGAUGGAUAACCCAAAACACCAGUCGGAUCCAUCUGAAGAUGAAGAUGAAAGGAGCAGUCGGAAGAAUAUCAACUCUACCUCACAGAAUAUCAACUUGGGACCAUCUGGAAAUCCUCAUGCUAAGCCAACAGACUUUGAUUUCCUGAAAGUUAUUGGGAAAGGCAGCUUUGGCAAGGUUCUUCUUGCAAAACGAAAACUGGAUGGGAAAUACUAUGCUGUCAAAGUGCUGCAGAAAAAAAUUGUGCUUAAUAGGAAAGAGCAAAAACAUAUUAUGGCUGAACGUAAUGUGCUUUUGAAAAAUGUGAAACACCCAUUUUUGGUUGGAUUACAUUACUCAUUCCAAACAACGGAAAAGCUUUACUUUGUCCUGGAUUUUGUUAAUGGAGGAGAGCUGUUCUUUCACUUACAAAGAGAACGUUCCUUUCCUGAGCACAGAGCCAGAUUUUAUGCUGCUGAAAUAGCCAGUGCACUGGGCUACUUACACUCCAUAAAUAUAGUGUACAGGGAUUUAAAACCAGAAAACAUUCUCCUAGAUGCACUAGGUCAUGUGGUGUUGACAGACUUUGGACUUUGUAAAGAAGGGAUUGCAAGUUCAGAUACCACUGCAACUUUCUGUGGAACACCAGAAUAUCUUGCACCAGAAGUCAUUAAAAAGCAGCCCUAUGACAACACAGUAGACUGGUGGUGCCUUGGUGCAGUUCUUUAUGAAAUGCUUUAUGGGCUGCCUCCUUUUUACUGCCGUGAUGUUGCUGAGAUGUACGAGAAUAUUCUUCACAAACCCCUAGUUUUGCGCCCAGGAAUCAGUCUUACAGCCUGGUCUAUCCUGGAAGAACUUCUGGAGAAAGAUCGGCAAAGCAGACUUGGAGCAAGGGAAGAUUUUCUUGAAAUUCAGAAGCACCCGUUCUUUGAAUCUCUCAGCUGGACUGAUCUUCUUCAGAAGAAGAUUCCACCACCAUUUAAUCCUAAUGUGGUUGGACCAGAUGACAUUGGGAAUUUUGAUGCAGUGUUUACAGAAGAAAUGGUCCCAUACUCAGUCUGCGUUUCUUCCGAUUACAACAUCGUUAAUGCCAGUGUCCUAGAGGCAGAUGAUGCAUUUGUGGGAUUUUCUUACGCACCACCUUGUGAGGAUAUGUUUUCCUAGGAAGUUAGAAGCCAUGGUGUUUCGGAAGUCUUGGGGUGAACUGAAAUGUUAGGGUUAUGGACACAUUCCAAAAUAGCGUAACUAGUGCCUCGUUUUGUAUGUAGGUUUGAAACCUAUGAACAAACUUUCUCUGCUGUAUAGGAGGAAUUUGGGCAUUUUGGAUGGCUUUCUGUGGGGUUUGAACUCUUUGUUCCUGCUGCAGAAAAUAUUUUUUAAAACCUUUAAAAAGCAUUCUCUACAUAUAUAUUUUAAGCAAAAAACACUGACUGUUCUCCUCAGUCCCUUCCAAGUUUACAUUCAUAUGUAUCUAAGAUUUGGCUGGCACAAACAGCAGCAAAUUUAGUAA